AUGGCGGUUUCUCCACAUGUCGGGCUGGCAAAGCACUUGGUUGUCCUGGCUGUGCUUCUGCAAAUAGCACUGGGAAGCCAAAACUUCAACGUCUGGACCGGGGCAGUACCAACCAUUCAUGCUCCCUCGGCGCGUGUGGGCGCCGUCUUGGUUGAACUAGACGGAGCCUUCCACGCGUGCACACAGUGGCACCCAGGUCGUGAGAGCAUUGCCUGUUUUGGUGGUCUAUCCCUUGACCCACUCACCCAGACCAUCCGCGCACUCGACUCAACCGUUGUGGUCGGCCUGACUGCGGAUAUCGCUGUGGUGGAAAUCAAUGCUAGCCGAGUUAACGCACCUCUUGCUCGCUUUGGGCACGGUCUAACACGUCUCAACGCACCAAACACGGACGCCAGCAAUGCUGCAGAUGGUUCAGAGGACAGUGGAAGCUGCUUGGUUGUAUCCGGCGGUCUCGACCUGCAGAGUAACGGCCAACAAGUGUUGCCCAGCCGCUCCUUCGAACUUCAAUGUGGCUCCAUCUUUGCCCCAUGGCAUCCCCUGAUCGCCUCUGGGGGAACUGAGCCCGCACCACGCUUUGCACACGUCGCGCAAGCACUGAACGGCACGCACAUGGUUGUCAUGGGCGGGUGCGACCAGACUAGCUAUCAUUGUCAAGCCGCCAACUUUCGUGCGGACGUCUGGGUCUUACGUCUACAAGCUUCCACUGCUGGAAGCCCUCCUCUAGGGCUCUGGCAUCGGCUCAGUCUGACCAUUCCAGCAGCAGGCGGGCAGCUUUUUUCCCAUUUCUGGGCUUUUGAUGCUGAAUUGGAGCAGCUUUACUUGCUGGACAAUUCGGAUGAGGAUUUGAUUGAUUUCCGUGUCCUCACCUUCCAUGGCUCAGACGCCAGCGCCCAGACCAUGACAGCGGCCCCUUCCAGCAUGCGGCCUGCUGCUCGUCAAGGGUUUGCGUCGGUCUUUUUUCAAGACAACUUCCUGUUGUUUGGCGGCUAUAGCGGCCUCAGCUACUUGAAAGAUGCUCUUGCCUUUGCGCCUCAGGGGCGAUUUUGGGUAACGGCCAUCGAUGAAAGCGUUCCAGGCGUGCAGGCCAUCGGUGCCGCCGUUACGCUGCAUCCGGAUCGAAGGACCAUGACGCUGAUUGGGGGGCGACAAGACGAUGGGCGGGCCGUGAAUGGGCUCUGGGAACUUGCCGUUAACGAUAUGGUGUGGACAUUGGCUGCACCUUCUUUGCAAAGCAGUAUGGGCGAGGAUCUGUCCUCCACUUCGACCUCUUUGGUGGACAGCGACCACUUUCUUCUGUUUGGAGGCAUGAAUACGUCCUGGGACGUAGUCAAGCCUCACUCAUCCCUGCUUCUGGUUCAUUUCAGCGGUGCUAAUGUGACUGAGGUGCAUUUCGACGAAGGGCCUUCCGGACGCGCUGGUCAUCAGAUGGCCCUUUUGGGUCCUCAAGGACAACGGCAGUUGGUCAUUGCCGGCGGGUGGCAGUAUCUCGACCAGCUCAACCUCAACGCCAGCCUAGUUCAUGACGACGCCUGGGUGGCUUCCUGGCCGCCCACAGACCAGGCCGUCACUUUUGAGCGCCUACCCGACUGUUCAUGGGGAGGGCUUGCGAGUGGUGCUGCGCUGGAGUUGAACAUCAACGUUACAGGUCUAUUGCUCUUUGGAGGCUAUUCGCGAAGAUUGGGCCGUAUCGACACGGAAGGACGCCUGCUGUUGUCAACCAAUGGUGCUUGGACUUGCGAGACCAUCAGCACAAGUGUGGCACGCCCGCAAGUGUUCUUCUCUGCGUCGGCUCAGACGGCCAGUGAGAAGCUGAUGGUGUAUGGCGGUCUUCGGCUGGCUGAAGACGGAGCGUGGGAGACGAGUUCUGAAUUGUGGUUGGGCGAGUAUGAUCAUGGCACCAAAUUUCUUCGUUGGCUCCUCAUCUCUGAGUCGGCCCUUGCCGGUCACUUUGGUUCGACCGCGACUGUUGCAAGUCUCGGAUCUUACGAUGUAUUCCUGCUCUUCGGCGGCGGAACCGUUGCCAAGGACCGCGUUUCCAUGGAUAUGGUGCAAGCCCGGUUGACAUUGGGUUGCCCUUCUGGCUAUUUUGCCGAGGACUUCCAAAAAGACAGAUGUCUUCCCUGUCCAGAGGGAACCUAUGCUUCAGAAGCUGUCCUCGCCACGAUCGGGGCCUGGCUGUAUUUCCGUGUGCACCAUCGCUUUUCGAGCUUGAUCUCCGUCCAGGAAUUGCAAGAGCGACUCAUUGAAGAAUCUAACCUCCAACUCGACGAGUUGAAGCGCGCCUGGGAAAUCAAGGCGGAGGAUAUUCACUUUCUCGACAGUCUUGAUCAGGGCUCCUACGGUGAAGUUUGGCGAGCACAGUGGCAGGAUCGUAUUGUGGCUGUCAAAAAGCUGAAGCAUUCCGUCAUGAUGAUGGAUUCGGCGGCCGUCAAAAUGUUCAACGAAGAGGUGCAUCUGAUGCGGUCUAUUCGCAAUGUCAACGUGGUGUUUUUCUACGGCGCUGGCUUGUUGGGAGAUUCACCCUUCUUGGUUACCGAGUACUUGGCACGUGGCUCACUGCAAAGCGUUUUGGCGAGUGAUAUGCCCAUUACCUGGCAACGGCGCUUGAAAUUGCUGCACGACACCGCAUCGGGCAUGGUGUACUUACAUGCCCUCAAGCCACGACGCAUUCAUCGAGAUCUCAAGGUGCACAAGCAUUUCAUCAUUGUUUGCCUGGUUGCCUGA